AUGGCCAAAAAAGUAUGGAACAUAAUGCGUGUUAUAUUCUUCUUGUUAAAGAGAGGCAUUUCCAAAUCUAAAUUUUUUGUUGAUCUUAACAUGAUGAAAUGUGGCAAAAUCGCAGGAAAAGCCUUAAACAAUCUUCUUUUUCACCACCAUCACAAUUGGGCUGCCAAUACCUUCCACCAUCGCGACUCGAACUCUCACCACCUUUCUUUCCCUAAUAGUCCUCCCUCAACCGAAUACGAUCAGUUUAGUUGCACUACCACCCCUAAAUACCCACUCUCCCUCUUUUCGACAAACAAGAAGAAACAAAAACAUGUAAUAGAGGGCAUUGAUGAUAUGGUUCUUGAUCUUGAAGUUAUUAAGGCAUUGGAGAUGCUAACAAGUGUGACUUCCUCACCUUUAGUACUCCCCGGAUUCCGAAAGAGUCCAAUGGUUAGACAAUUGAGGAUAACGGACUCGCCCUUUCCGUUAAGCAAUGGUGAUCAAGAAGAUGGUAAUAAGGUUGAUGAGGAUGCUGAGAAGUUUAUUAUUAGGUUCUAUAAUGGUUUGAGUAGGCAAAACUAG